AGGGAGAUCACAGACGACUGAGCACAGACCCGAGAGGACAAGUAAAAGAAGGAGCAAAAACGUCAGAGUCCAUUAUCAGCACUUAUCACUAUGGUAAUAAUGCCCCUUCGGACUGAAUUUAGUUAGAAUUCUCAACAAGUCCUGAUUCCUAUGAUGAAUGAAGCUGCCAACUCUCUUUAGGCCUGCAGCCUGUGAGCCAAAGGGAAAACUCACAAAAAGCAUGUAAACUUCACCAGCAGAAUAACUUUCCAAUAAUGGAUCAACCAGUAUGCCUAAUAGAGAACCAUGAGGAUGGAACAAUCCAACUUAAUAAGGAGGCCCUGGAUAUCUUAUCCCACUUUACUCAGAAGGUGGUUGUGGUGUCCAUAGUUGGAAAAUACCGUACUGGGAAGUCUUAUCUAAUGAACAAACUGGCGAGAAGUAAAAAUGGCUUUUCCUUGGGGUCAACAGUCCAGUCCAUGACUAAAGGUAUCUGGAUGUGGUGUGUUCCUCACCCUUUGAAAACUGAUCUCACGCUAGUGCUGUUGGAUACAGAAGGACUGGGCGAUGUGGAGAAGGGAAACAGCGAGAAUGAUUCCUGGAUCUUCGCCCUUGCCGUUCUUCUGAGCAGCACCCUGGUAUUUAACAGUAUGGGGACAAUUGACCAGCAGGCAAUGGAGCAACUCCAUUAUGUCACAGAACUUACAGAGAAAAUUAAAGUAAAAUCAGCUGAGCAGGAGAACGACAUGGAUGAUGAUUCUUCAGAGUUCAAGAGGACUUUCCCAUCAUUUAUAUGGUGUGUCCGAGAUUUUAAUCUACAGCUGAACCUGGAUGGUCGGGAUAUCACUGAAGAUGAGUAUCUGAACAAUGCCUUGAAGCUAAAGCCAGGCCUGAAUAAAGCUUCAUACACAUACAACCUACCCCGGGAGUGUAUCCGCCACUACUUCCAUUCACACAAGUGUUUUGUGUUUGAUCGACCGGCAUCUAAGACAGAUCUUCAGAACCUGGAUAAUGUGCAGGAGUCUCAGCUGGAGCCUGACUUUGUCCAACAGACUAAAAAAUUCUGUGAAUACAUUUAUGACAAGAGUCCAGUUAAAACCCUAUCAGGCGGGUACACGGUGACCGGGAUGGGCCUUGGGGAUAUUGCAGUCUCCUAUGUAGAGUCAAUUCGUAGCGGUUCCAUUCCUUCACUAGAAAAUGCAGUUCUUGCCCUGUCAAGAAUUGAGAACACUCGAGCCAUACAAGAGGCUUUAACUAAGUACGAAGAGAUAAUGAGUCAACAUGUAAGAGAAUUUCCUACUGAGACACAUGAAGAGUUUCUAAACCUGGAAAGGGAAGCUCACUCGGAAGCAUUAAAGAUCUUUAUAAAACUUUCCUUCAAGGAUGAAAAUCAAGAAUACCAGUACAAGCUACUAAAAGAGAUAGAAAAUAAAAAAGCUUUCUACAUACAACAUAAUGAAGAGGCAUCUGUGAGAAAGUGCACAGAGUUACUGCAGGAGCUGCGCGCUGAACUGGAUAAAGGUAUAAAUGAAGGAAAGUUCACUGUACUCGGUGGAUAUAAGAUGUUCAUUGACAAGAAGAAAGCAUUGGAGAUCGCUUAUCUGAGGGCUGAAGGUAAAGGGGUGAAGCAUCUGGAGGUCUUACAGAACUUCCUUAAAGAAAUUGAAAGUACAGAAUCCACCAUCUUGACAGCCGAUAGAACACUGGAAGAAAAAGAGAAAAAGUUGGCUGAGGAGAGAUCAAGGGCAGAAGCUGCAGCACGAGAGAAGGAGAUUCUGGAAAAGACUAACAUGGAGCUUCAGAAUAAUCUGGAGACUAACAAGGAAAGAAUUAGGAUGCACGAGGAGACGUGGGAAAAGAAAAUGAUUGAGGAAAGAGAGAAGAUGAAGGAAGAAAAUGAAUGGCUGAUAAAAGAGAAACUCAAGGAACAACAAGAAUAUCUGUCUCAAGGACUCAAAAAGAAAGCUGAACAAAUGGAGGAGGCUAUCGCAAACUUAAAGAAGCAGAAUGAGGGACCUAAAACUUUUGUGGGAAAAUUCUUUAAGGCAAUAUUACCAGGGGCAUUGGGAGGUUUCUUUGAUAAUCUCUAGUUCAUUUAGGAUAUAUAUAUAUAUAUAUAUAUAUAUAUAUAUAUAUAUAUAUUAUAAUAUAUAAUUACUUGUCCAUUUAUGAAGAUUUCCAUUAGUAAUACCUGAUUCAUUUUAAGAUGUAUACAGCUGAUUUGUUAUUGAAUUUAAUAGGAACUGUAUAAAUAUGCGGUAGGCUCAUCCCAGUGUCGGCCAGAGGCACCUAGCAUUUAAAGGGGUACUCUGCUGCUCAGCGUUUGGAACAAAGUGUUCGGAACGCUGGAGCAGACGCCGGGAGCUUGGGGCGGGGCUAUGAC